CAAAUUUGUCAAAGGUGGCUUCUUGGCUGUGCUGUGAUGAACACAUGGUAAUCUGCACUACUACUCUGACUGGCUGACCUGUAAAAACUCAAAAACAAAACCCUUUUCAGAAGAAAGAGAAAUCAGUUGUCUUGCAUCAAUUUCUGUAAAAACUGAUUUUGAUUUGCGGAUUUUUGGGUAUUUUCAAGAAUCAAGAUCUAAGCACAGAGAAAGGGAUAUGGCAACUUUUGCAGGGACAACCCAAAAAUGUAAGGCCUGUGAAAAGACUGUGUAUUUGGUGGAUCAACUUGCUGCUGACAACAAGGUUUAUCACAAAGCUUGUUUUAGAUGCCACCACUGUAAGGGUACCCUCAAGCUGAGUAAUUACUGUUCCUAUGAAGGAGUUCUAUACUGCAAACCUCACUUUGAUCAACUUUUCAAAAUGACUGGCAGCUUAGAUAAGAGUUUUGAAGGGGCACCUAAAACUGCUAGGGCUGACCGAUCCACUGAGCAGAGCCAUACAAGUAGCAAAGUUUCAAGUAUGUUUGGAGGAACUCAGGAUAAAUGUGUUGCUUGCAAGAAAACUGUUUACCCCCUUGAAAAGGUGGCUGUUGAUGGAACUUCAUACCAUAGGGCUUGUUUCAAGUGUAGCCACGGGGGCUGCGUUAUAAGUCCAUCAAACUAUGUAGCCCACGAGCACCAACUUUACUGCAGGCACCAUCAUACUCAGCUUUUCAAGCAAAAAGGCAACUUCAGCCAACUGGACAAGCAUGAACAAGCUAAAGAGGAAAACGGGACGGACUAAAUCGAUACUAAGAACCCUGUGUUGUUGCGAUAACUGCAGAUCGAGAAAUGUGGUUUCCUAAGACGAAUUCAGACUCAACUGUUAACGGGAUGCAACUACAGAAAAAAACUUUGACUGUUUGAGAGUAAUUUCUGAUUGUUGCUGAUUUGAAUUGUCUGUAUUAUGUUAUCAAUUAUCAUACUGAGUCAGUUUUUGCCUUAAACUGUGUGUAGAGUGAUAUAUUUGCCAUGCUCUUGUUUGAAGCUUGAAAUUGGGUUUUGUGACAUGGGAAUCUGCUUUAUUUGAGUACUUGUUUUCAUCCUCUUUAUCA